AUUUUCUUCUUCCCGACGCUGCUUAUUACGUAGGACAAUUUUUUCGCGCACUUUUAUUUCUUAUUUAAUAUUUGAACAUUUUUCGCCAGUAUUCCUUAUAUUCCAACUAAUAAGCCCAGUCGGAAUGGUAUUUCGAUUUCGUGCUUAUCGCGUGUGCCGCCUCAUCCUCACUUUGCGGAUCGUAGGAAUGAAUUGCGGUGCUUUUUUCAUGCGGUCGUUAGGUCGUUUGGCGAUCCUUUAGAUGGGAGUGGUCUCACGAAGUUGUCAGUCGGGAUGCUAGUUAUUCGUACGCGCAUACCGCGAAUCUAGAAUUCACCAUAAUGUAACGGACGACUUGCAUGGGAAACCCGGUAUAAAAGUACUGUCAACCCUCGGAGCACUAUCAGUUCGAACUCGUGCCACGCUUAAUAUGAAGCUGCUGCUUUUGCUAUCGUUGAUCGUUCUGGUCUCGGGAGACGAGGCUCUCGUCGCCGAGAGAGCAGCCGAGGGUAAUGACGUGUCCCCGCAAGCGAGCGCCGUUCUUCAGGCUCAACCGAGCGCCCAGGAAGUCGUAGGGGAAAAGAAACUAGGAAAGAGAAGCUAUGGUUUGCUUCCCGUGGCUUACGUAGACACUUACACUCCCGUGUUGCCGUGGUAAAUAGUACAGAUCAAUAUCUUGUCAGCGGCGAAUGUAAAAAUCGCGAGACAGCGGUUUGGUGUCGACGUUGACUUAUACGUUCGAUUUCUCAGGUAUCGAUUCGGUGGAUUAAGUAGCUAUGGAUUGCACGGCGGUUGGUACCCGAGCUGGCCGUUGUUGUACAGCGGUUGGCAUGGUGGUUGGUACAAAGGGUGGUAAAUUUCAAGGAUUGCAAGCGCAUGAUUCCUUUCUAGCUGUCGCUAGAAAAACUCACGCGUGUGUCGUGCGUUCUAUGCGUGACGCUCAUUUCUUUCAUUAUCUAUUCUAUAACCCACCAAUGUUGUAGUUCGCACGAUAUCGUGUUCUAUCAUGUCUCGUAAUGUUAAUUAGUCUAUGUUUUAGGCGCUUGUGCAAGCAACGUGACGAAUUACGUGUACAUUGUUUUUAGGCUUGUGAAUAUUUUGCGACAAUACGCAAGUUUUGUAUUCAUUGUGUCAAAAUCGCGCAUCGCCAUGCAUCAUCGAUUGAUUACAUGUAUUGUUGCGUGUUGAUUGUAAAAACGGCACGUCGCUUUCGUAGUCUUCGCAAUAAAAAGUGGAAUUAAUGCGAAAUAAACGAGUGACUCGUAUGUACAGGAGGGGCAGGGGGA